AUACCCUUCUCCCACUCCCGGGACCUUCGUUGAAAAACCCUUGCAGGAGACUCGGGCUAGCAGCUCUGCGACCAAAGCUCCCAUAUGUGGUCUGCACCGAAUCACCAGCAGUAUAACGGAGCGUCGCAACUCAAAAUUUAACUCUUUCUGAGUAGAAACUCUAGUUUAUUUACGCAUUCCCAUCAAAAUCCAAGGUAAGAAUUUCAGCCCAGAGACUCGAUACUCAUUGCUAUUUAGCCUAAAAAUUGGCCUACGGAGUUCUCUAUUCAUCUUACACUUUCAUAUCUCGUAAAAUUGGUAAUGACCCAUUUGCCGAAGCUCAGAAUACUAUCUAUUCUCAAAUGGGUUUCUUCAAAUAUUGGCGAAAACCACCUUGGUUCAUCAAAAUCCCGAUUUUGGCCAACUGGGGCUUUCCACAUUACCCAAAACCCUCGGCAUUAUAGAACAAAAAGAGCUGUUCAAAGUGAAAAAUGUGAAAGUUUGGAUGAAGCUUCAUCUGCUAAUAGCAAAAUCGUUAGUAAAUUUUCUCGUCCCAGAAGGAAAAAAGGCCAAGCUGCAUUGCUGGAUUAUUUGCAUUCAACUAGGAGCAUACAAUUCUUGGAUGCCGAGAAUAUGAGUAGAAACUCGCCGCAUUUUCUCGAAAAGCUUUUGAAAAGGGUCGAAAAUGAAGAGGAUAGCGAGCGGUCUAUUGCCCGGUUGUUGCGUUACCAUCCCAUUAAUGAAUUUGAGCCCUUUUUUGAGAGCUUGGGUUUGAAACCUUCUGAGUAUGUUCCUCUUCUUCCACGCGAUUUGAUGUUUCUGAGUGAUGAUAAGUUGUUGCUGGAGAAUUAUCAAUUAUUGUGUAAUUAUGGGAUUGCACGGAAUAAUAUUGGGAAGAUUUAUAAGGAGGCAAAAGAAGUUUUUCGAUAUGAUUAUGGGGUUUUGUCAUCAAAGUUACAAGCUUAUGAAGAACAGGGGCUUAGCCGGUCUACCAUAAUUAAGUUUAUUGUUUCUAGUCCUUAUCUUUUGGUUGGAAACGUGAAUGUGGAGUUUGUUCAGGUUUUAGAGCAGCUGAAGAGUUUUGGAAUGGAAGUCAGUUGGAUUGAGGGCCAUUUGUUGGAGGGGACUACUUAUAAUUGGAGCCAGAUGUUUGGCCUUCUCUGCUUGUUUAGGAAGGUGGGAUGCAGUGAGGAGCAGUUGGCUGGAUUGAUCGCCAAGAAUCCGAGCCUUCUAUUUGAGGGCUCUGGGGAUAGGACAGUGUCUCUAAUUGGGUUCUUAUUGAAAUUUGGAUUCACAAUGGACCAGAUACAUUUGAUGUUUCUGCAGUUUCCAAGAAUCCAAGUUGGGAAAUUUGUUUUGAAUUUGAGGAAGUGCUUUCUUUUCCUGAAUGAGAUCGAGAUGGAGGUCACGGAGAUUGGGAAGAUUGUCCGCUCUCACGCCCUAUUGCUGGGUUCAUGUGCUUUGAAGAAAACUAACAGCUUGCUUGCUAAUUUAAAUGUUGGGAAGAAGCGACUUUGUAAAAUUGUCCAGGAGAACCCACAAGAAUUGAACAAUUGGGUUCUAGGAAAUAGAGUUAAGCCAUUACCAAGAACAGGAGAGGACCUAAUAGAGAAGUCGAAGUUUUUAUUGAACUUGGGAUUUGUAGAGAACUCGGACCAAAUGAAAGCAGCAUUCAAGGUAUUCCGAGGCAAGGGAGAUGAGCUUCAGGAGAGAUUUGAUUGUAUCGUGAAAGCUGGUUUGAAGCAGAAGGAUGUUUCUGAAAUGAUUAAAGUAUCACCUCAAGUUCUUAACCAGAAAAAAGAUGUGAUUCAAAUGAAGAUCGAUUUUCUUGUAAACGAUUUGGGUUAUCCCAUAUCAUCUUUGGUGACAUUUCCAUCACUUCUUUCAUACACAUGUCAGAGGGUAAACCUUAGGUUAUCAAUGUAUAAUUGGCUCAAAGAUCAAGGAAAAGCAGAUCCCAGGCUGUCCUUGAGCACUGUAGUUGCAUGCUCAGAUGAUACAUUUCGAAAGCAGUAUGUAAAUCGUCAUUCUAGAGGCCCUCAGGUUUGGCAGGAUUUGAAGAAAAGAUUUUGUUCUGAAUAAUAAAUUUUCUUUUCUUACAACUUGUGCUUUUAAGGCUUUUGCCUUGCAAGUUAUCAGCAAGUCAGUGUGGAAAAGUUCUUUCUUUUACAGCUACAAGUUGAGAAAUUCAUCUAGGGUUUUUUACCCCCAUACUUAAAUACAGCCAAUCUUUUGUCAAGUUGACAAGUGCAGAAGUGAAUUUAAGGACAAAAGCAUUUAAAACCAGGCGGCCGCCUCAACUUGUGAUGGUGCUGAGUCUUCCAAGGAGAUAAUGGUGUAAGUGCGAAGCAGAUAAUCCGGUUAGUCACCAAUUAUGGAUUUGUAGUCAAGGAAUGCAGUGGCAUAAUCCCCCAAAGGGUGGGAACCUUAGACACAGGCAAGUUUUUAUGUUUUGUCGAGGAAUUCUUUUUCAAAAAUAUUCAUGCGAGCAUAGAACUUUACAUAUUGCAUAAAGUCUUUGUUAACCAAUCA